UCCUCAAGACUGAGCACAAUACCUGAUCCAUAGUAAGGCACUCAAUAAAUAGAUGUUGAAACAAUGAAUGAAUGAAUCUAGUCCAACUCAUGGUACUAAUGGGGAAAACUUUGUUCCAAAUCACAUGGCCAAUCAGUGACAGAGCUAGAGAACCCAAAUCUCAAUUUCAGCUCAGUGCUCUUCCUACCAGACUAAGUUUGACUUUGAUGGGAGUAGGGUGAGAAGAGAAGCAUUAAAUUGUACUGGAAGGCAGAGAUUCAAGUUUGGCCCUGAAAAGAAGAGUUGAUGUGGAAGAGAGUAGUCGUUUUAGAGGAAAGAUGGGCAAAUGAAGAAAAAUGGCCAAGCACAUUUGAUUUGUCAUUCUUAACAUGAAUGCUUGCAGAAAGAUCUGAGGAAAUCCAAAGUCAAAUAAAACAGCUCACAGAUGACAUGACAUUUUUAAAAAAGGGUACAGACUCUACUAAAGAUGGAACUAGGCUUGUAAUCAGGAAACUUAAAAUUUUAACAGCAUGAAGUAUGCACUAUGCUAAGCAUAUAAAUUUAUUCACUUAAUCCUCAAACAACUCUGUGUGGUAAUAUUAUUCCCAUUUUACAGGUGAGAAAACUGAGGCACUAAAUGUUUUAAGUAGUUUGACUGAGAUUUCAUAAGUAGGAAGUGGCAGAACUGGGAUCUAAAUAAGGCAGUUUGAUGCUAGAAUCCAUGUCCUUGUCACAGUGUCUGAAUCAUAAUUCCAACUUUGGCAAUCAAGAAAAAAGGGUAUCACCCAGGUUUCACUCUAUGAAGUAUGAGUUACCUGAUGGGGGCAAUUUUUUGGGAGGGAGAAGGCUGUUAGGCAUGUGGGGGAUGGGAGUUCUUUGUUCUAUGAUGCAAUGAUGACCUCAGGGUAAACUGCCAGCAGGCCGAGGAAAAUGGAAUGGCUGCUAGAGGACCUAUUUGGGGCUGAGGGGGCCAUGGGGCUUCUCUGGGGCCAGCUGGCCCGUGUCCUGGCCUGCAGGUACUGUGGCAGCAGCUGCCUCCAGAGUCCAGGGAAUCUGGUGAUACUAUUCUUGUUCAUGGUUUGGCAGAUCUGGAGGUGGUGGCAGCUUCAGCCCUGGUACUCUGGGGACAUGAUGCAAGGCAAGGGCCUACGAUUUAUGUACCUUGUGGCUUUCCUUGAUUACCUGUGGAAGCAGAAGUCAGAGAAGGAGGGGGAAGAGGAAGAAGAGGAAGAUGACGUCACAUCUCUGGAUUCAUGUUCUCUUCUCAAAGAAGCUCCUGUUGGACAGCAAGUCACCACAACCCCAUCCCAGUUAUCCUGUGUUUCUGAGGGCCUCCACAAGGCCAUUGCGACACCAGAGCAAGGACUCACACAGACCCUAAGCCCUUCCAAAUCCUUCCCCACCUUUCAAAUCCUGACCAACCUGCCUGUGAGGCACAAGACAUCAGGAAGCCAUCUGCAGCAGAGAAAAAGUGAGUUCUUCUGGGGUCUCCCCUCUCUGCACAGUGAGUCCUUGGAGGCCAUCUUCCCAAACUCAGGUGGCCCCUCUCCCCUGAAGUUGUCUGUUGGUCCUUCUAUCUUCUUCAACAAGCUUGUCUUCCUGACUAGGCCCAACCUGCUUCUUCCACAGUAUUGCUCCCCAACCCAGCAUCCCAACCAUGAAGUCCAUACUACGGAAGAUCUGGAAGGGAUGGCCUGCGAUUUUCAGCAACUUCCUCCACUGUCUUCCCUUCCUGUCCCGUCACUAUCCCUCUAUCUUAAUUUCUUUCCCAUGGACCACAAAGGAGUCCUAUCUGGUGCUGAGGUACAUACACAAACUCCAGGGAGUCACCCUCUAAGAGCUCCACCUGGAUAUGAGACUCAGUGGGAAACCAGAGGACCUAAAGAGAGUCCUCGAACCUUUCAGCCCCGAGUCUCGGACCCCUGCCAACCUCCAGAUUCUCUGUCAGAAUCCCAGAAAGUCAGCCAUGAAGAACCACCUAUGCUCAAGGACUUCUGGGGAACCAUGUGGUGCAGAGAGAACCCUCAGGCCUCUGGGUCUCCAAUGACAGCCCCCUGCCCUCCCCUAGACCCUCUGCCAGAACUUCAGGGAGGCAGUCCUCUGGGAGAUCCAUCUGAAUAUGAGCCCCAGCGGGAAUGCAAGGAAAAGUUAGGAAACCCUUGCGCUUUUAAGCCCCCAGCCUUGGACCUCUACCCAGGGCUCUAUGGCACCAGACCUGCAUGUCCUCCAUCAGGAUCUGAGACUCCAUGGAAAGGCAUGCAGAGUAGAGAAAAUCUGUGGGUCUCUACAGACCCAGUUUCAUCUCCUAGCCUUCCCUCAGCCUCUCUGGAAUCCUUAAGAAUGGGCCCCCAGAGAGUCUUGUGUGAGUUCAAAGCUUUGUGGGAGACUAUAGGGCAGAGAGAGAACCUCUGGACCUCUGGGUCCCCAGCGACUGCCCAAAGCCUAUUUCAGGUUCCUCUUUUAGAAUCCCACAAAAUCAAUCCUGUGGGAGGCCUCACCAGAUCAGAGGCUGCACAGAAGGACAUUGAGCAUUCCAGGAGCCCACCCCUAGCUCUUGUUCUGGAGCUGCUCAGAGUUAGCCCCACGGGGAUCCUGAUAGAUUCUGAAGCUAGAAGUGGGGACAUACAAAGGAGAAAGAACUCCUGGGCCUCUGAGCUCCCAACUGGAGUCAGCCCCUUGAGAGUUCUGUCUGACUCUGAGCCUCUUGGGGUGGACAUGGAGCAGAAGGAAAUCUGUUGCGUGCCUGCCUCCCCAAUGUGGGGCCCCAGUCCAUCCCCAAACUCUAUGUCAAAGUUGCAUGUAAGUGGGCUUAUCAGAGACCAGUGCAGCUCUAAGCCUGAGGGAGAAGAAAAAGAGCAGAGAGAAAACUGCUGGGCUACUGAGCUCCUAGCCCCAACCCCCAGUUCAUUCUCUGCUCCUUUACCAGAUCCACACAUUGACCUUGAGGUCAUGUGCAAGAAUGUGCAACAAAGAGGGUACCCUCAGGGUCCCAGCCCUCCAGCAGCAGAUCCCCUGCAGCCAAUACUCUGGCCUCCCACCCUAGAUGAAGCUCUGAAGAUCAAGCCCAACCAGCCUGGCUUACUCAAAGGAGAGCUAUUCCCAGGGGCUAAGGCAGAGAUUCCAUCCUUCCAAGGAGAGGCUGUCCUAGAGAUGCCCAUUCAUUCUGGGAGCCAGGCCUGGCACUGGAGUAGAGAGUUGGAACUCAAACUGAAGAAACUGCGGCAGAACCCUACUUCCCGAUCUUUUGGUCCAAGUCAACCAUUUGGCAGCUCCCCUGCCCUGAGCUCAACUCUAGGCACCUGGAGUCUCUCUUCCUGCCCCCCAACGAAGCAUCUCCACAGUCUGCACCCCCACUCUUCAAGCUGCAAUCACCUGAAAGUUCAGAGCACAGUAACUCAGCCUGUCCAGGCCUCUCACUGUUAUCACUCCCACUCCUCUUCCCAGCCUCAGCCACGAGGGUCUGGCAGGGCAGAACAAGGAUCUGAGAGAGAGAAAAGAAUGAAGGAGAUGAUGGCCCACGUCUCAUCCCAGGGGCAAUGCAUUCACAAGGAGACUGGUGAGAACUGCCCAGGCCAGGGACGGCCCUCAAACCCUGAGGUUCCAGCUUCAGGCAAGACACAGGACAAGACUCUAGCCCUCUCUUCAAUUAAGAAGAGAGACAGCCCCUGGAAACCCAAAGUAGAAGACCACGGAGGAGGUGACAUAAGAUUAGAGUCAUCAACAGUUACACGGAAGAGUCACCCAGCCCAGGCCAGACUAGCUGAUGCCUCAGUAAGCAGACUUUCCCAAAAAUCUCAGCAUAGCCACCAGAGCUCUCGACACAGUGCUCUCCCACAGCAAUGUCACUCUAAGGCUGCAGGUCCCCAAGAUCGGCAAGGGGCAGGGCUGGGAGCUGGUGACGCCCUGACCCCUCGGCACUGUAAGCACUACUCUUGGGCCCACAUGGAGAAGCACCUCUCCUCCCCUACACCUCAGGCUUCUCUUAUCAGGGGUCUGCAAAAGAUUUUCGCCAAGUGUCUGGGUAUCCAUGGACCCCUGUCCCCUAAACCCCAUGAGGAAAAGCUGGUAGUACUGGCACCCAGUAACUGGAAAUCUGAAGCCAAACCAUUUGGGAGGUGGGGAGACAAGCAGAGGAAAUCCUAAUAAACUAGCUAUACUAGACAAACCCCACUUGUGUGUUCUUUGGAGUCUAGGGUACGGGGAAUGUCAGUUCCCAAUUAAUUUCUGCUGCAGUCAUCUCUCCUCAGGUUCAGGUCCCAGAAGUGGAGAGCUCAGGAUUCUGCAGUCUUAACUUUCUUUUCAAGCUCCUCUCAAAUGAUCCAUCUGGAGUCCACAUAUCCCUGCUCUACAUGGUGAGGCUGUUAAGGCCAGUAGAGCAGAACACAGUCCAAUUCUGUGCUUGAGAAAACCUUCACAGCAAGUGAACAGAAGACACCCAUUCACAUGAGAACAACUGGUCUGGGUCUAGGCAACUAUUUUUGGUCCUGUAUAGUCCCCCUUCUUCACCCACUUGAUCCACAAGUUCUCCAUGUAUCUUUGACCAUUUCUUCUCAGCCCUCUGUUCUUCUCUCUCCCUGGAUCAGCUCAUCCAUCUCCAAGGUCACAAAAACAAGUGCCUUUUCAUAUUUAGCAGCCAUCUAGAUUUCUUCUUCUAUCACUCUGCCUGUUCAUUUCCUUUACCCAUUUUUGUACUGCAGUGUUUGUUGGAUAUAUUAGUUUUCUCCUGCUGCCUGCUGCCAUAACAAAUUACCACAAAACAUUUGUCAGA